AUGGGUGUAUUUCGACUACAAUAUCUCACAACAGUUUUCUCUGAACAAGUAAUGUCUGGUUUCGUCGUCGGUGGUGGUGUACACGUGUUUUUUGCACAGAUAGGCGAUGUACUCGGAAUGAAGUUGCCAAGAAGAAGUGGUCCUGGCUAUUUGUAUUAUAGGAUAUGUGAUCUUAUUGAGAAUAUUGGCAAUAUACAUUAUCCUACUCUGGCUAUUUCCUUAUCAUCACUGACAUUUUUGAUCUUUGGCAAAGAAUUCAUCUCACCAUGGUUGAGCACAGCAUUUCACUUUCCAAUUCCAUUUGAUUUAGUUCUG